CAGUAGCAGCAGCGGGAGUUUGAAUGCGCAGGGAGCUGAUUGGUUAGUAAACAGAUAAAAAGACUGUUAAAGUUUAACUGUGAGUCACAAACGUUUCGUUAGCAGCUGGUCGAUGAGGGAACAAGGGUGCUGGGAAAGUUUGUCGUGGAAAUGUCACCUUGUUAUUUCACGGAUACGGAUGGGUACCGGUUUCCGGUGCCAUGAUGGCACCGGUUCUGACAUAAACGGUAGUAACCAGACCGAAAAGCAGCGCACAUUUCGGUGCUUUAUUUCGGUGCUUUUUUUUUCCUGAGCUGUGAUGACUUUAGAUUUUAGCCAAUCAUUUUACGUUUCCGUAGGCGGUUUCAGUAGGCGGGGCCAGGUACGUACGUUCUUUUAGAGCAGAGCUACAGAUUAAAAAUGCCCAAGGCGAAGCGGUCAAAAGUCUGGCUGUACUUCACAGCAAAAUAUGCAAACUCAGCUGCCUGCAACAAGUGCUUUAAGCUGAUACUGUUGUGUGAUUCUUACUCUGAAUCUGAAUAAGUACGCGGGGCCACUGUGUGCAGUAAGACCAACUCUUUACUUCCUGUAUAACCGUCUCCCGGCAUGCAUUGCCAGUGCGUAACACGUAAUAGCUAGGUUUCAUUUGACGUAGACGUGACGUCGACGUAAAGCGCGAAAUUUGACUGGCGGUCGGAAGUGAAAAAGAUAAGCGCAAAAUCACAGACAGACAGUACGCAAAAUGCCUAUGUCCUGUUGUGUUUACGGAUGCUCCAGUAGGUCGACCAGAGAAACCGAUAAACGGUAUUUUAGGGUACCAAAAAUAGCCCAACGAAGAGGAGAAAAAUGGAAAAUUCUAACCGAAAAACGUAGGAAAAAAUGGAUUUUAAAUUUACGUUUACAGUCGGGAGGAGCAGAGUCUGCCAAUGCCCGUGUCUGCAGCGACCACUUCGUCAGAGGCUGCCCAAGUGCUUUGGAUGACGAAGAGUCGGAGGACUGGGCUCCGACGGUCAAUCUCGGCUACGAACGAAAACCCAGAUCGGAAUCAGUUCUCAAACGAGAGAAAAGAAUGAAGCUUAAGGCAGAACAGCAUCGAUGUGCAGAGGCGAUUUUGGAUAUGCAACAGACGGCUGAGAGCCCGGAUUUGAGCCUAGUGACAGUGGAGAACCCCGAACUGCAGCUUCCAGCUGAGAAUCCACAACCAGAAGACUUCAGUGUGAAUGAGACAUUCACUUAUCCAGGCUGUGCGGCUGCUGGAUGCCAGACAGAGCUGACGAUGGAUGACAUCGAGAAGAUGGAGGAUGUUUUGAGACAGAACACAGCAGAGCUGGUUGAUCUUCGGAGCAAGGCUCUGGACACACAGUUCAGCCAGGAGGCUUUUGAAAAAAAUGAAGACAAGACAAAGUUCUACACAGGGCUCCCCAACUUCUUAGUUUUAAUUCAGAUUUUUGAACUGUGCGAGCCCUAUAUCACCUCGGGACCUAUGUCUUUGUUGUCCAAAUUUGAACAAUUCAUACUAGUUUUGCUGAGGCUGAGACUAAAUCUGCCCCUGAAAGAUUUAGCUUUCAGGUUCAAUAUUUCUCUGUCCACUGCUUCUAGAGUUUGGCAUAAAGUAAUUGACAUACUUCAUAAAAGGUUAGAGUUCCUAAUUGAGUGGCCAGAGCGACAUGUUCUUCAAGCUACGAUGCCACUGAGUUUCAGACAGGCAUUUGGAUGUAAAGUGGCUGUGAUUGUUGAUUGCUUUGAAGUCUUUAUUGAGAGACCAUCUAAUCUUCUUGCACAAGCUCAAACUUGGUCCAACUACAAGCACCAUCACACUGUAAAAUUUUUGAUUGGUGUUGCCCCCCAAGGCUACGUCACUUACAUAUCUUCUGCCUGGGGAGGGAGAGUUAGCGAUAAGCAGAUCACAAUAGAGAGUGGCCUCCUAAAGAACUUGUUACCUGGAGAUAUUGUCCUUGCAGAUCGUGGGUUCAAUAUUGGCGAUAAUGUGGGGUUUUACUGUGCUUCACUACAGACACCGGCAUUCACUAAAGGGAGAAAACAGCUGUCAGCCUAUGAAGUGGCAGAGACAAGGAAAAUAGCCAAUUUGCGUAUCCAUGUUGAGCGAGUCAUAGGUUUAGUCAGGAGGAAAUAUCACAUUCUGCAGAGCAGGGCUAUGCCAAUAGACAACAUGUCCACAAAGCCAGGUGAGACACAUGCAUUGAUCGACAAGAUUGGGGUAAUUUGUUGUGCCUUAUCAAAUCUCUCCGAGUCUGUUGUCCCACUGGAGUAAGGGGGGUGGGUGGUAAUCAAUCAGUUAAAAAAAAUUAAAUGUCUUGUCACUGUCACGGCUCACAGAAGGGGGUGGAGAGGAAGAGUAGUGUCCAGUAUCUGCUGCUUGGCUCUGGUGAUAAGUAGAACAGGGUAGAGUAAUAGUAGUACCUAAGUCCUGACUCCUGAUUAGUCUGUAAAUGUUUUCAAAUGAAAUAUUUUUCUCCAACUGUCAUAUUGUGCUGGCAGUUUGUACAGUAUUAUACUGUGAGAUGGAUUGCAAUCUAUUUUGUUUAUUUGUUUAAAAGUCUAAUCUUGUAAAUA